ACAGCCGGCUAACAGUGUGACUUCAGUAGGCUAUCUUUGUUUCUGUUGAAUAGUUUUUAAAUUUUUUAAAGUAGAAAUGUUUGACAAACUCAACGGCGAUUGCUGGCUUACCAUUCUUAAGUAUGUAAACCUAAAAGACCAAGUGGCACUGGCGCAUAUCUCCAAGAGUCUGCACUCUGUCGUUCGAUAUCAUUGGGAACAUCUAAAGACCGCCUGCUUGGACCAGGCUCUGCUGGAACAUUUCGAGCAGCAGCCGCACGAUAUGGAGGAGUUCCUUCAUCUCGCCAGUGGAUCGCUGCAAAAUCUGAAACUUAAACAAGCUGAUAUUGCAUUACUGCAGAAAUGGAGAUCGUAUGAAUUUCCUAAAUUGACUACUUUCGACUGUGAUUUAGGCUUUAAAGACGAAGAAGAGACCGACGAGAAGAUAUUACUGUUCACCGAACUCUUUCCACAUUUGCGCCAGUUGACGUUGCUGGGCAACACCACUGGUCGACACAUAUGGUUCUGGGAUCAGUUGCAAGAGCUACACUUAAUGUGUUGCGAAUCAUUGGAUAAGUCAAUAUUUGAUCAGAUCUUUGGCGUCAUGCCAUUGCGCAAGCUCACGCUUCUCUUCUACGGAUACAACACGAAUAUGGGCGAGGAUGUUCUGCCCAUAUCGAAGUGCGCUACGCUUGAGGAACUCGUCAUGGACGAUCACCACUUGCUGGGCGAUUUCAUGCCCAACCUACUGAAGCUGCCCAGGCUCCGACGUCUGGCCUUCUACACCCGAGACUAUUACGAGUAUCUUCUGCAGACGGUGGGCAAGCUGCGACCGCUCAGGGUGAAAGCAUUGCUCUUCCACGACUCCUACUGGAGCAGCUCUCGCGUCAGUCAUGCCAUAAUGAGCAUGACGAAUCUACGUCGUCUUGUGCUGCACGACGAUGACAUUGAGACGAAGGAACUGUACAAGAUUUGCGCCACAUUGCCGCAGCUGGAGGAAUUACAUUUGACGAAAAUGCGUACGUUGCCAACUGCUACCCAAAUUUGGGACAUGGUAGGCGCUAGCGAAUCCCUAAGGAUUCUUAAUCUAUCGGGCAGCCGGCUGGAUGACCAGUUCUUGUAUCUGAGCGCCCUAUGCUUGGAUCGAGUGCUGAAGAAGCGAAGCGAAUCCUCACCACUGACACUUCACCUACACAAAACCUUGAAGGAUUGCGAUCAAAAUGAGAUAAUCGCAAAACUGAAGCAUCCGAAUUUGGAAGUCUCCUUCAAGCCAAUCGAUUUGAAUGUCUGGAGCUCGCGCUUUGUGGAAAUUGAAUUCAUCACUCCAAUGGACUAAGUUCUUCUUUUGUUAUUGUGAUUAAAGAUUGUGAUUAAAGAACAUAGUCAAGUUGACACUAAAUGUAAGUCUCAGCCC